GCAGCCCAGUGGCGUGUCGUAAAAACAAGACACGAACGACUUACCUUUCAGAUAAACCGGAAGUUGUUGUUACACUAGCGAGGUGUUAGCGUCGGAGGCCGAAGAGGUGGUUCCCGUGUACCUUGGAUUUCUAAAAUAAGAUUUCAAGAUUGGUUUCCUGCAGUUUUCAUUAAGGAGCUCCUUCCUGUGUGUAACAAAGACACUGCACCACAUCCAGUGUGUCUCAAGACAUAUAUACAAUAUGGCCAAGUAUAAUGUUAUAUUUGUAUUAGGAGGACCUGGAGCAGGAAAGGGGACACAAUGUGAGAACAUUGUCAGGGAAUUUGGUUAUGUCCACUUGUCAGCAGGUGACCUUCUAAGGGAGGAGAGACAACGCACUGGGUCUCAGUUUGGGGAGGAAAUUGAUACACAUAUAAAGAAUGGGACCAUAGUACCUGUUCAGAUAACUUGUUCUUUAUUAAAGCGGGCUAUGGAAAGCAGUGGAAAAGAUCGAUUUCUUAUUGAUGGAUUUCCACGAAACCAGGACAAUUUAGAUGGCUGGAAUAAGGAAAUGAGUGAUGUUGCUACAGUUAUAAGAGUGCUAUUUUUUAACUGUCCAGAACAGGUUUGUGUAGAGAGAUGUUUGUCUCGUGGUAAAACUAGUGGAAGAACAGAUGACAAUGAAGAAAGUCUCAAAAAGAGGAUAAAGACUUACAAUGAAUCAACCAUGCUUAUCAUUGAACACUAUAGAAAAUUAGACUUAGUUAGUGAAAUCAAUGCAGGAAAUAGUCCAGAUGCAGUAUUUGAGGACGUUAAGAAGGUCUUGAAUGGUUUAAAGUGACCGGUGAAGGAGUAACUGUGAUCAUUAAGUGGACAAAGCUUUGCUCUUGAUGCACUGCAAUGGAUGCCUCAGGAAUUUUCCAAACACAAUCAUAUCUUUUUGCAUUUUACAAAUUUAAGGUUUUUUUUUUAGUUUAUUGAUUUAGAGGUAUGUAAUGCUAUGCUUUUGAACACUGACUAAUAAGAUAAAAGUGGGUAAAUGUACAGGUAUUUGUAAGCUAUCUUAUAUGAUUGUUCUGUUAUGGCACCUUACAUGUGUGUUGUGAAGUAUGUUCCUAACAUUUUCUGUUUGUUAUGGGGGGUUUUUGUUUGUUCUGUAGAAGUAUUUUUAUAAAGUCUUUGUUAUUUAUAGAUCUUUUUUGUUUAAUAAUACCUAUACAUUUGAAGAACUAUUUAAAUUAGCCCAAAGAAUCUUGAGUUAGUAGCUAUGUAAUACAUUUAGUACAAUGUACUUCCAAUAUCAACUGUAUCAUGACUGAUAGCUCCAUAUCAGUUUUUUUCGUUUAUUUAACAUGUACUGGUACAUGUUUUUAGCUGUUACACAGCAGAUUCCUGGUUACUAUAUGAGCAUAUGUUGUAUAAAAGAGUAUGAAAAAUCUUCAUUAUUUGUACAGCUAUUUUAUACCAUUAUAUUUUUGAUCUAACAAAGCUGUUUCCAAAUCUGCCUUGUGUUUUUAAUUAGAUGAUAAGUUAAGAGAGGAUGAAACACUUUAAAUAGUGCCAUAAAAAAAAUUUCAACCUCCGUUUAAUGCUUAUUUUUCUUGAAUUGUAAGAAAGUAGGAGUGUUGUGAAAAAAGCUUGUUUACUUUUGUAUUAAUUAAUCCAAAAAAGAAUAAUGUUAUAGAUUGUAUUGACAUUGUAAUACAUUUUGAAUAUUAUAUUUCAACAAUCAAAUUAACAUAUACAGGUAUUUAUCACAUUUGAUUGCGCAAUAUAAAUUUUAGUUUUAUGUUUGGAAAAACCAUAAUUUAUUUAAUAAUUUUUAAAAUCAGAAUUGAUAGGAAACUCGACCUUUAUGUUUUGUAAGCAAAAAUGGAUAAUGAAUUCCAUCUACCGGAUUACUAGCAUUAUUGGUAGUGUGUAAGCAGAAUGGGUUUUAUAUUUCUUACAAAAUGAUUAAACAAUAAAUGUUUUUACACUACA